AUGAUUCGUGACAUCGGUCUGGAUGAUCAUGACCUUCCAAGCUUCACUCGCUGUGCCUCAAGGGCUGAGGGACGACUUAGGGCGACUGAGCACCUCAUGAGCUGCCCCCAAUCUGUGUCUGCGAUUUUGAUCUUCAAGGCAUUCACUUGCCAUGGGAGGAAAACGACGAUUCCAGGCUACUUUCUCAAUCAUUUUGCUCGGCGACUUUGUGAGGAUCAUCUUCGAUUGGGCCAGUCUCCGCUGACCAGCUCCACAUUGUUCUGUGCAAUGGUGGAGACAUUUCUUGCGUUUUGUGGCUAUCAAGACCACCAUGGCUGGGUGGCAUAUCCAGCAUCUGGCUCUGAUGGCCACAUGAAUUCUCCCACGGGCCUGAAGAUGCAGGUCGAUUUGCCUCCCAGAUGCGAGAUCCUUUGGGAUCUUUGGCAAGAUCUCUGUGACUACGACCACGCGCAUCCGGGAUCCAAUUGGGCCAACCGGGCCCACAGGGCCUUCGGACUUGCACGACACAUGCUUCUCCAGGUGCUGGCAGCGAGAAUUGAGGACAACCAUGAAUUCUUCAGAAAUCACUCCGCCUUGUAUCGAUGUCCUGCGAGCAACCAGGUGUUGGACGAUUUCUUUUGA